AGCAUUCCCAAAAGUAUAAAGAGGAGCUCUUCGUAAUCUAAAUCAUCAGUUUAUUGGAAUCGUCGAACGAAUCAAUAAGAAUGAAACUUUUACUCAUCGCAGUUCUCUGUCUUUGUGGUGUUAAUGCCGACAAGAUUAUUGGUGGUACUGCUGCCUCUAAUGGCCAGUUCCCGUCCAUAGUCUUCCAGGAAAAAAGUGGCUCAUUCUUCUGUGGCGGAACAAUCAUUUCAGCUAACCGAGUCCUCUCUGCUGCUCACUGCGAACAGAAUCUCAUUGGAUUAACUGUAACUGCUGGGACUGUAACUCGUAGUAGUGGUGGAGUUACCAUCUCCGUUAGCGGAAAAGUGGUUCAUCCUCAAUACAACUCCAACACAAUCCAAAAUGACAUCAUGAUUUUGCAGCUUGCAUCAUCAUUCAGCUUUAGUUCGACUAUUGCCUCAGCACCUUUACAAUUAUCUGCACCUUCCGCUGGCACUGGCAUAACUGUCGCUGGAUGGGGAGACACCAACUCUGGCAUCAUUCAAAAUCUUCCAAACAACUUGCAAUCUGUGAAUGUGGAGGUCAUUUCUACAAAUGACUGCAAUGCCAGACUUUCAUACAACGGUGACAUUUUAGCUGGAAUGAUCUGCAUGGGAAAUAUGGCUGGUGGAGAAGACUCUUGCCAGGGUGACUCUGGUGGACCUGCCUACAUUCAAGGUUCCACAACUAUUGCCGGAAUCACUUCAUGGGGCUAUGGAUGCGCUCAGGUCAAUCAACCAGGUGUCUACACUGAUGUAGCAUACUACAGAUCCUGGAUCACCAGCAACAUGUAAUUGAGGACAGGACACGCCUGGACUGGAUUAUUCUUAAUUGCUUGAAUUUUAUCAAAU